CAUUUCGGUUGGAAAAAUAAGCAAAAAUGUUUUAUUCCCUUCUGGCUUCCGGCUUGCUCUCUGUUUUGGCAUAAAGUUUGACUGCCAAUGUGCGAAUCAGCCGCUGCCAUAAUCAGGAAACACAAAAGGGCGAUGGAGGGCACAAAGGCCACGCAUCACACAUCAGGGCAGGCGUGUACAAUCGAUACGUUGAUAGAGCGGGCGGGGGCUAAGCGAAUUGAGAACAAAUUGUACAAAAUUUCCAAGUUUUAACAUCGAAAAAACAUUUUGAAAAAAAAGUAGCCCCCAUACCAACGACAAAAUGCCGACGCUGGAAGUGGCGAUGGUUGUGGAGAACAUUUAUAAGGGCAUACGCGGAUGUUUUGGUCCAGAAAGACCCCACAAACCAUCCAAAACACAUCGCCCAUGUCGAUCGAGCAUGCAACAGCGCAGCUUUCGUGUCACUGGCGGCGCGGAUUGGGCUGCAAAUCCUCGACGCUUUCGUGGCUAUCACUCGGAAACCAGCUCCAGAUGCAGCUCCUCCGAGGGCUCACUCUCCGAAUUUGAGGCCUCCACAGACUACAUACUGCAGCAGCCCCAGAAGCUUCAGGAGCUUCAGCAGCUGGACAGCAUCCCGCCCGUGGACUCGUGCUACGAGCUGCAUGGCUCGGUGCCGGGUUUGACCGCUGCCCUGGAUCAUGUGCAGUACCAGCGCAAGAUGUGGAAGCUGCAACGACGCACCCUGAUGGAGAAUGCACGAGAGGCGAUUGGGCUGCAGUGCGCCUGCUGGUGGAGCAGAUACACGCCCAAUCUGCGGGCUUUGUGCAUUGAAUCCAGUUUGGAUUAUCUCCUCCGUCCGCUCACCGCGGAGCAGAGACCCGCAACUGACCCUGAGCCAGGGGUAAUGGCUUAUAUACGUGAACUUGUCAACAUUUGCAGAAAGAUAAUCAAAGCCGCGGACUCGGUCCUCUCUGAUGGCUGGUACAUCAACACUUCACCCUGCCUGGACGUGCUGAAUAUCAAUGAAUUAAUACCCGAUUUAAACGGUGCCCUCAUUCAGUACUUGCUUCGAAUUGAGGAGCUGGCACCAAGCAAUAGUUUUUAGAACUGCCCACCCGCCCAAUAAACCAACAAAACCAACACCAAAA